ACUACUAGGACUACUACUUUAUUAAGCCCGUGGGCCGUGCGGCCCACUGAUCCGCACCGGCACGGCGGCAUGCGAGAUGCCGCCGCCUUGGAGCUCCACGCCGCCGACGCCGCGGCGGCGGCGCGGCCGGCGAUGGUGGCCGCCAGCGAUCACUACGCGCGGCUCCUGCAGCUCUGCCAGACGGCGGCUAACCCGGGCGCUGGCCGUGCCAUCCACGCGCGCGCCGUCAAGGCUGGCCUCCUCGCCAGCGCCUACCUCUGCAACAACCUGCUCUCCUACUACGGCGAGACCGCCGGCGGCGCCGGUGGGUUGCGGGACGCGCGACGCCUGUUCGACGAGAUCCCCUUGGCGCGGCGGAACGUGUUCACCUGGAACUCGCUCCUGUCGAUGUUCGCCAAGUCCGGGCGCUUGGCCGACGCCCGCGGCGUGUUCGCGGAAAUGCCUGAGAGGGAUGCCGUCUCCUGGACAGUCAUGGUCGUCGGGCUCAACCGCGCCGGCCGGUUCGGGGAGGCUAUCAAGACCCUCUUGGACAUGACCGCUGAUGGGUUUACGCCGACGCAGUUCACUCUCACAAAUGUGCUGUCGUCGUGCGCCGUGACACAGGCCGGCGCAGUUGGGAGGAAGGUUCAUUCCUUCGUCGUCAAGCUCGGGCUCGGUAGUUGCGUGCCGGUGGCGAACUCGGUGCUCAACAUGUAUGGAAAGUGUGGGGAUUCUGAGACGGCGACUACUGUGUUUGAAAGGAUGCCGGUGCGGAGCGUGUCAAGCUGGAACGCCAUGGUAUCUCUGAACACUCAUCUGGGGAGGAUGGACCUUGCCGAAUCCUUGUUCGAGAGCAUGCCAGACCGGAGCAUCGUCUCAUGGAAUGCCAUGAUUGCAGGGUACAACCAGAAUGGGCUUGAUGCCAAGGCACUGAAGUUGUUCUCAAGAAUGCUUCAUGAGUCUUCCAUGGCGCCGGAUGAAUUCACCAUCACCAGUGUCCUAUCAGCUUGUGCAAACCUCGGAAAUGUAAGGAUUGGAAAGCAGGUGCAUGCAUAUAUCUUGAGAACUGAAAUGGCAUACAAUAGCCAGGUCACAAAUGCUCUCAUUUCAACAUACGCCAAGUCUGGCAGUGUUGAGAAUGCCAGGAGAAUCAUGGAUCAGUCAAUGGAAACCGAUCUGAAUGUGAUAUCCUUCACUGCCCUCCUGGAAGGCUAUGUCAAGAUUGGGGAUAUGGAGAGUGCAAGGGAAAUGUUCGGUGUUAUGAAUAACCGAGAUGUUGUUGCCUGGACUGCGAUGAUUGUCGGAUAUGAGCAGAAUGGCCGCAACGAUGAGGCUAUAGAUCUCUUCAGAUCAAUGAUCACAUGUGGCCCAGAACCAAACAGCUAUACUCUGGCUGCUGUUCUUAGUGUCUGUGCAAGCCUGGCAUGCCUUGAUUACGGCAAGCAGAUCCACUGCAGGGCUAUCAGAUCAUUGCUAGAGCAAUCUAGUUCAGUCAGCAACGCCAUCAUCACCAUGUACGCCAGGUCAGGCAGCUUCCCAUGGGCCAGGAGGAUGUUUGAUCAGGUUUGCUGGCGCAAGGAGACGAUCACAUGGACAUCCAUGAUCGUGGCUCUAGCACAGCAUGGCCAAGGAGAGGAAGCUGUUGGCCUCUUCGAAGAAAUGCUCCGCGCUGGCGUGGAACCGGAUCGCAUUACCUAUGUCGGCGUGUUAUCAGCGUGCUCGCAUGCCGGUUUUGUCAAUGAAGGGAAGAGGUACUAUGAUCAGAUAAAGAAUGAGCACCAGAUUGCACCAGAGAUGAGCCAUUACGCCUGCAUGGUUGACCUCCUCGCCCGCGCCGGCCUGUUCUCUGAAGCUCAGGAGUUCAUCCGACGAAUGCCCGUUGAGCCGGACGCAAUAGCCUGGGGAUCACUCCUCUCAGCCUGCAGAGUGCACAAGAACGCAGAAUUGGCUGAGCUCGCAGCGGAGAAGCUUCUGUCGAUCGAUCCCAACAACAGCGGCGCCUACUCCGCCAUUGCCAACGUGUAUUCCGCCUGCGGGAGGUGGAGCGACGCGGCGAGGAUAUGGAAGGCGAGGAAGGAGAAGGCGGUGAGGAAGGAGACGGGGUUCAGCUGGACGCACAUCCGCAGCAAGAUCCACGUCUUCGGCGCCGACGACGUGGUGCACCCGCAGAGGGACGCCGUGUACGCGAUGGCGGCGAGGAUGUGGGAGGAGAUCAAGGGGGCCGGGUUCGUGCCCGACCUGCAGUCCGUCCUGCACGACGUCGACGACGAGCUCAAGGAGGAGCUGCUGAGCCGCCACAGCGAGAAGCUCGCCAUCGCGUUCGGCCUCAUCAGCACGCCGGAGAAGACGACGCUGCGGGUCAUGAAGAACCUGCGGGUGUGCAACGACUGCCACGCCGCGAUCAAGGCCAUCUCCAAGGUCACGGACAGGGAGAUCAUCGUGCGGGACGCCACGAGGUUUCAUCAUUUCAGGGAUGGCCUCUGCUCGUGUAAAGAUUACUGGUAGGAAAACGUUCAUGGUGAUUUUGGCGAGGAAGGGGGAUAUUUGUUUGUUGUUUCAUGCAGAGAUGUACUCCAUUGUAAGCUUGCAAGAACAGCCAAUUCCAAUAUUCAUGAAUCACAUGAUUAAAAUACAUGGCAAUUUACAUUCA